GCAGGUCAGUACCGGAACCAAUGGGGGCUCGGUAAUGGAUUCUGUCCUUGAAAAGCGUGCGACACUGACGGACAAGCAUAAACUGGUCCAUGGGCGGCUGGAUGAUAUAAAUAGGUUUGUUCGCAUUUCAUCCUCGGGCCGUAAAAUAUAUGGCGAGUUCUUCAAAUUCCUGCGCACGGUGCGAACGGCCGGCAGGAGAACAGCAGGGGCAGUCGAACUCGUCGGUUCAGUCUUUGACCAGCUUCCGUGUAACGGGAAUCGAAGAUCUCCGAUCAGGCCGAUCAUCAGCUUGUCCACGUGUUUUGCCAUUUUUUCGACGACUUUCGGUCUUCCGGCGCGCUCGCUUUCACGUGUGAUUCCACCGUGAAAAAUCGACUGCCAAUUUGAGACAGUUUUUGCAUGUUUGCAGCUUUACUAUCUGGAUGACGGCGCUGGACAUCUGCAAGCCGGCUUGAACUCGAAGGCUACCAGAUGGCCGCCACUGGCAACAAUCCCCCUGGCAGCCCGGAGCGAACGCGUCCCCAUACGCUCCCCCGCUCCCGAAGUUUGCCCCAAUUUUCACAUCAUGACUCCGGAUUAGGCAGCUUUUAUGGGGUGUCCGCUGGCGAGGAGCCGCAAGUGUCCAGAACGGCGCGUUUUGUAGCCGACAUCCGGCAGCUGAUCACCUUAAAGCAGCACUACUAUCCAGAGGGCGGCUGGGGCUGGAUGGUGCUCUGGACCGCUGUACUGGUCCAUGUGCUGUCCAAUGGGUUUUUGGCGUCCGCCGGCCUUUUCCAGCUGGAAAUCGUACGCAAAUUUGGGCCGGAGUUCCAGAGGCAGGCUGAGUGGCUGGGGGCGGUCUCUACAGGGUUGUCGCUUUUCAUCUCUCCAGUGGUUAUCGGGUACUGUCGUCGCCACUCCACUAGGGUGACUGCCGUAAUGGGCGGCCUCAUCACCGCCCUUGGCUGUCUUUUCACUAGCUUCGCCACUCAAUUCCAUCAGCUGAUUUUCAGCUAUGUGACAGUGAUGGGGAUCGGGGUGGGUGUCACUAGGGACUGCUCCAUUCUGAUGGUCGCCCAGUACUUCAAGCGGCGGCGCGAGUUUGUCGAGGUGGCCGUGGUGGCCGGAGGCGGGCUGGGCGUUGCCCUGAUGUCGCUCCUGAUUCGCACUGCGAUUGCGGCGUUGGGCUGGCGCCUGGGCCUGCAGGUGAUCACUGGGACGCUGUCCGCCACCUUCAUCCUGGGCACGUUCUACCGAUCGGCGUCGCUUUACCAUCCACAGCGUCGCGCCAUUCUGCACAUUAAGAACCAGAAGCGCAAGAUUCGCGACAAGUCGCGCCUGGAGGAUCGCGCCCCCUUUUUCGACCUCAGCGCCCUGAAGAGCGUCACUGUUCGCAUCCUGCUGGCGUCGUCCGCUGUUACUGCACUGGGCAUCAACACGCCACUGUUCUACUUGGCCUACCAGGCCCGGGCUGAGGGGCUGGACGACUGGGUGGUGGCCAUCCAGGCCUACUUGGGGCUGGGCUGCGCCUUGGGGUCCGUGCUGUUCAGCGCGCUGGUGCUGCACAAGACGUCGGAAUGCCGUGUGGCGCGCCAGUAUCUCUGCCAAUCGGCCGUGCUCAUGUGCGGCUUGGCCGUGCUGGCUUUCACCGUCGUCAACGACAACCAUCACGCCUAUGUGAUGUUCGCCUGGAUCUAUGGUUUCUUCUACGGUGGCUACUGCUACUCCUUGAAGAUGUACACGUACGAGCGAGUGCGGGCGCGGCACUUUUCGCGCACCUGGGGCUACGUGCAGUUCUCGCAGGCGCUGCCGCUCGCCAUCGGCGUCCCCUUUUCCGGGUAUUUGAAUGAGGAGUUCGGACAUCGGGCCGGGUACUACUUCAGUGCUGUGUGCACGUUGAUUGGCAGCCUGGCGCUCUUCCUCACUGAUCUGCACCGGCAUCGCAUCUCCCACCACAAGCACACGAGGGAGAACGGCACUCGUCACCUGUGCAUGAAUGACGCCUGCCCCCAGUCGCGCAAGUUGUCUUUUUCGCAGGAACCGGACAAUGACCAGCCCCUGGCGGGCGCCGCCACUGCCUACAUCUUAGGGGCGGAGUUGGGGACGCCCCACUCCGGGGCCCUGAUUAGCGAUAAUGUUCUGGUGUCGGCCGACAAGGGAGAGCUGACCUGCAUCUCCGAAGAAGGCAUAGCCGACAUGGACCUGCCGGACGAUUUAUUGGACGACCUUGACUAUAUCGGGGACUGCAUCACCUCCUGCAACAAGGUGGAGAACUACUUGAUGCUGAGCGAGUUCGAGAACAAUCUGGUGGCGGAAAUGCCUUCCAUCCUCGAUAGGAGAGGGCGCAGGUGGUCGCUGGCCGGGUUCCUGCACAACCGCGACCAACCGGAAGCUGAGGGUGUGCAGCGAACGCUGGGCAAGACGCUAGAGGGCGCCAAGGGCAUUGCAUUGAUUGAUGAGUCAUCAGUCUAGGGCAUCCUGUCAUGUUCCUGUCUAUUAUUUAAGUCAUCCAAGACUGAUUUAUUUAUGGGUUUUUUUCUGUUGGGGUGUCAUAGCACAUUUUUACACAAA